GUGCGGCAGCAGCGGAGCAGACCACGGGGCACGCAUGCACGCGGAAUAGUGAGUGAAUAUAUACGCGUGUACGCGAUACGUGUGUGUACGCGAGAGAAAAGUACUACAAAUAACUAUUUUUUUAAAAACCCCAUUUCGAACGCCCCGAUAUCCCGGUGUGUCGGAUCUCAGCGCGCGGCAGUGUGGUGAGGUGUGUCUCCUUGUGUCUCGAAAUCCUUCCUGUUAAUAACAUAACUCGUUCAGCUGUGUGGACCGGCUGCGUGUAUCGAAACAACUGUUUAACAUGGCGAACAGCAUAGCACCAGACUCGUGGGAACAGCAGGCGGACAGCAACGGCGAUAUUGUCGGCCCACCUACGUCGCAGGACAAAUCUAUCGACAGCAAAUUCUCCACCCUAAAUGUCAACGCUGCUGAAUUCGUGCCUUCAUUUGCCUGCAUCAACUCGCAGUCGUCGCAGAGCAGCACCGCGACGGCGGCAGCCAACAGCAGCAGCCCCUGCAAUGUCGCCGCCGUGAUGAAUACCGCCACCACCACUACUACCACCAUCACCUCCACCUCCACCUCCUCUUCCGUACCCGUCGAUGUACAUCACGGAAACACAACACCUGUUGUUCUAUCAGAUCCAGUUGAGGAACCUCCUGCUGGGGGAGGGGCUCCACCGCCGAAUGUUAAUGACCAACUAAAUACUAGCCCAGAUGAUCAACCUGCAGAUUCUUGGGAAGAAGCAGCUGUUGAUGGCGAUCCUUUGCUUACUCCUGAAAAUGAAGAAGCUGAUAAUGAAGAAGAUGAAGAAACAGUUGUUAAAGUACCUAAAAAGAAACCUGUCAAAAUAGCAGAAGACACCAAAAGCAAAAAGGAACACGUCAACGUUGUUUUUAUAGGGCAUGUUGACGCUGGUAAAUCAACUAUUGGAGGUCAGAUCAUGGCACUUACAGGAAUGGUUGAUAAACGUACUUUGGAGAAAUAUGAGCGAGAAGCGAAAGAAAGAAGUCGAGAAACAUGGUACUUAAGUUGGGCACUGGAUACAAAUCAAGAAGAAAGGGAAAAAGGGAAGACUGUGGAAGUUGGUAGAGCAUACUUUGAGACAGAACGAAAGCAUUUUACAAUAUUAGACGCACCUGGCCAUAAAAGCUUCGUACCUAAUAUGAUUGGCGGCGCAGCACAAGCUGAUUUAGCAGUACUUGUUAUUUCCGCGAGAAAAGGUGAAUUCGAAACCGGCUUUGAUAGAGGGGGUCAAACGAGAGAACACGCUAUGCUUGCUAAGACCGCGGGUGUCAAGCAUUUGGUUGUGUUAGUAAAUAAGAUGGAUGACCCUACUGUUGAGUGGGAUGAAGGACGAUACAAUGAAUGCAGGGAUAAGAUACUGCCAUACCUACGUAAAUUAGGAUUCAAUCCUGCAAAAGAUCUUACUUUUAUGCCAGUUUCUGGUCAACUCGGCAUUGGGUUAAAAGAUCCCAUACCGGAACAUCUCUGCAACUGGUACAGUGGCCCACCAUUUAUACCUUUUAUUGAUUCGCUACCGUCGCUGAAUCGUAAAAGCAACGGACCUUUUAUUAUGCCAAUCGUCGACAAAUAUAAGGACAUGGGAACAGUAGUUAUGGGCAAAGUCGAAGCGGGCGAAGCUAAAAAAGGACAGUCAUUGCUUGUUAUGCCAAAUAGAACAGCGGUAACGGUAGAUCAGUUAUGGUCAGAUGACGAGGAAGUGACGUCUGUUGGACCUGGAGAAAAUGUGAAAAUCAAGCUAAAAGGCAUUGAGGAGGAAGAUGUUAGUCCUGGAUUUGUCCUAUGCGAUAGUAACAAUCCUAUCAAGACCGGAAAGGUCUUUGAUGCUCAAGUUGUCAUACUGGAACACAAAAGUAUCAUUUGUGCGGGAUAUAGUGCUGUCAUGCAUAUCCAUUGUGCUGCGGAAGAGGUUACGGUAAAGGCGUUGAUUUGCUUGGUGGACAAGAAAACUGGCGAUAAAAGUAAAACGAGGCCAAGGUUUGUCAAGCAGGACCAAGUGGCUAUAAUGAGAAUCGAGUGCGCGGGAGUUAUAUGUCUUGAAAGAUUCAAGUUAUUCCAACAAAUGGGUCGCUUUACUCUUAGGGAUGAAAAUAAAACCAUUGCAAUUGGUAAGGUGCUGAAGGUCGUGGAGUAACUUGUUGCGUGUUAAAGCAGAUCAAUAAUAAAAAUGAUCAUUAUUUCAAUGUGACAAAUAUAUGACAAUGCAAGACACACACGAUUAUUAAACAAACCAAACGGGCAUGAUAAAAUUCUGGUGGAUAGUAAUAAUAAUGUAUCA